GGUUUACGAUACCAAAGUCCGCACAAAUGGAACUAAUACUGACUUAUCGAGUAUAACCCUCUGAUGUACACGUUUUAUGAGGAAUAUGUUUUAUUUUCAAGGUAACAAAGCUAAUUUUGCAUAUUUUUCAAUCAUCUUCAGAAUGAUGUUAAUUAAUUCUAGUUUAUUUUCAAUUUCGAGUUGUACCAUUAUACAAAAGGAUUAUAAUUCAUCUCAAUUAACUGCUGAAUAUUAUCUUUCAGAGUUAAACAAUACACAAUAUCCUCAGGAUCAUACAGAAGAUUUUUAUCAAGUGACUAACCUCAAAAAUCAAAGUAAUAUAUGUGCCUUUUGUAUGACAAGCGACAGCUGGAAAUACUCAAUGAAUACAACCAACUUGACCUCCGGUGUGCCUACCAUUUAUAUCAUUAUAGUCAGUCAUUUCCAUCAAAAUAUCCCUACAAACUACAGUAUUUUGAAACAGUUUCAUAAUUUUUGUGAGGACCUAAUAAAUCAACCCAAAUACCAGAAGAUGAGUGAUACAAAGAGGAAACAAUAUCGAAAAUCCACAGAUGCAUUCGUGGAACAAAAGAUACCGCUUGACGAUGAAAAAGACCUAAAUUCACCUAGUUAUAUUCCUAUCCACAAAAUUCUAGAAGUGUUUCCAAAAUUUCAUGAUCUCAUUUUGGAUAAUAUACCUAAAAUCUGGAUUUCCUUGAUCAAAGUGAAUUGUUCAAAUGCUUCAAAUAUUUCAAGCAACAGUCAUCAUCAACAAAAACAGUAUCAGAAAAAUCUACUGCUUUUGGUACGAUGUAAAAAUGGACAAAACAUUAGGCACCUCUCCCUCUAUUGCUACACUUCUUAUCAUCCAGAUAAACUAAAUUUAUCAUAUGUCAGUCAAUGCAUCAAUUUUUAUCUAUCAAUAAAAUCGAAAAGAAAUUCACUUCAGUCAUCUGAUGAUGUAUAUACUUCUCAAUUUCUGAAGUGUAAGAUAUCUCUAAUACAAAGUGAAGUAGAAAAGAGAUCUGAACUACAGGUAUUACCUAUGCGAACGGAAUGUGCAUUUUCACUUUGUUCGUUAUAUACUCAACUGCUCAAGGAGCGUAAACAAAUGAAUUCCCUGCAAAAUAUCACAAAGAACAUUUCCAUUGUGCAACCAGUGGAUACAGUAAACCGAUUGCCUCGAGAUGAAUCGAUCGGACGUAUUAGACAAAAAAGAACUUCCAACAUAGAGACCAAAGGUAUAUAUCCAUCUAUGGAUUUACAACUUUUACCUCCAAGAAAUUUACAAAUUGUACCUCUCAGUUUUGGUUCUUUAAACAUAUCAUGGAUUCCAGCACAAAGAAAUGAACAGUUUAUAACACAUUAUGAAUUAGUUUUAUUUAGCCUUAAUGAAUUAUCAGAUCAUCCUACCGGUCAUUGUCCAAGAAGGCAGACAAGAUAUAAUUUUACUAAUCAAUUUGUAUAUCAUGUUCCCAAAGCACUACAAAACCAUCAACUAAUAAUCAAUGUUACAGCACCAGCAGACUAUGCAAUAAUAACUGGACUACCGCCUGAUAACUUCUAUCGAGUACUUCUCUUUGCUGUAGGUAAUAGUUUGAGAAGUCCACCUGCCACAAUGCCAUCAUCUCCACGUGUGCCAGCGCUUUCACCAGAAACUGCACCGGAAAAUGUUAAAGUUACUUUACGUGGAACACAGAGUGCUAAAAUAUCUUGGAGUCCACCCAAUGAUAUUGACUGUACUGGCGAACUUAUGAAUUAUGUAAUCAACAUCAAUUCUUCUCGUCUCAUAGAACCUAUUGUUGUUAAAGUUCCUCGUUCACGAAGAAGUCAUGUUAUAGACAACCUUAUUCCUGGUAGUAUCUACACUGUACAAAUAUCAGCAACAAACAGAGGUGGACUAGGUGUGCCAUCAAAAGUUGUUCACUUUCAAACUGGUGGAGAACUUCCAAAAAUUGAUCCAGAUGAAUUAGAAGGAAUGGAAAUGACUGAUUCCACCUUAGAAUUUAAUAUGGAACAUCAGAACGUUGAUUUUUUCGAAGACAAAAUCAAAGCAAAUGAAUGGGUUGAUUCAGUACAACAAAGUGGUGGUUCUCCAGUAUAUGUCUUGCCAUCAAGAAUUCACAAUCUGCGAGCGACUCCAACCCAAACAUCGAUAAAAUUAAAAUGGUCAACUGCAUUAAGACAAAUUAAUAUGGAGAGUGAAACACAUCUUUUUGAUAAUGUAGAUUAUGAAUAUACCUCACUGAUUGAUCCAAGACAUUUAAUUCCAGUUCCAAUGAAAAGUGAAACACGUGACAAGGAUACAACUGGACUGUUGCCACUAGGAACAAAAUAUGUUAUACGCUGGGGUGAUAUGCAUCCAGGUCCAUCAGAAGACAUCGUUCGAGGUGAUCAAACGCAGUACACAAUCGAAAAUCUUAGACCUGGAACCAUUUAUUACAUUCGUGUUAUAUCUGUCACAGAAAGUGGAGAUGGUCCGGCUGCUUACACUGUUGUAAUGACACUAGACUCCUCAACAGCAACAAAACCAACAAAUCAUGGUCUACUUAUACCUGUUAAUCUAGUUGUUCGUCAGCUUGGCUCUACUUGGGCACGUGUAGGUUGGGAUAUACCUCAUGUUCCACAAUCUGUUAAAAUGAUGGUCGGUGGAUUUCAGAUAAAGUAUUACCCAGUCAAAAGUAAUAUUGAUCAAGAACUACAAGAAAAAGAUACGGAGGAUAUGCUUGCCACUAGUGAACAAUUCACAGAAAAAAGUGUAAAAGAUAAAAAUUAUGAAAUGAAACUGAUUAAUAUGACUCUAUCAUCGAAUCAACUGCAUACAGAGCAUUUUGACAUAAUGCUACGAAAUCUCAAGCCUGCAACUCAGUAUGAAUUUGGUGUCCGAAUGCUACACGGUGAAACUGUUGCGGAAAGAUCUAAUUCAGAUGACAGUGACAAAACAGUGAAAACGUAUUUUUGGAGUAUGGUGCAAGGUUUUGAAACUUUCGGCAAAAGUCCAAAAGAUGCACCAACAAAUUUAAGACUGUCAAAAUUAAAGUUGAAUAACAAAUUACACAAGAAGCUUCAAUUAUUGGACUUUUCAUCUGUUACCAACUGGGUUGCUGAUACUUCUACAACUACCGCCUCUUCUGAUCAGGAGUAUUCUUCAACCCCACUGCACACUAGUGCAAGUCAUGAUGAAGAUCAUCCUACUUCACGCUUUUCUGUUACAAUGCUUAUUAAAUGGGAUCCUCCAAGUUAUCCAAAUGGUCGAAUACUUGGUUCGACAUUGUAUCUCACUACUAAUUUUAAACAGUCUGCAAGAAAGUGGGUAGAGAGAUCAGUAAAUGGUGGAAGUACUGAAGCUGGCCUACUGAGAAUGCAACCAAGUACGCUAUAUUUUGUCAGAAUUAUUGCACGAAAUCAGCAUGGAAGGUCACCUUAUUCAUCUAUCGUCGCAUUUUACACACCCAAUGCGGAUGGAAAUGGAGGCGGUAUAGUCAAGUUUACUAAAGACUAUUACAAUUUACAUGAUAUUCAUGAACCAAUGGAUAGAAUUAUGCCAUUUCUAAGUGAAAAUGAAUUAAAUACUAUUAAACAUUUGAAUAGUGAAUCUAAAAAAAUGAUUGAAUCAGAAAAUAUUCAUUGGAUUAUACUUGGUGGUGUACUGAGUGGUGCUUUGGUGAUUAUGAUUAUUAUAACGUUGGUUCUGUUAAGUCGUUGUCGUAAAACAAAAACUUCGUCUAGUUUAACUAAAAGAUCAUCAAACAGAUCACCUUACAACUUAUCAUCAUAUUCCAGUUGUCACCAGCAUGAAAUAUCUACACAUGGACAUGAAUGCCUACAAAAGAAUCCAUCGUUUCAUGUGAAUGAAACGUGUGUAAAUACUAAUUGUAUGGGUAGUUGUAGUCCAGCGGAAACUAUAGCUGCUGGUUCAACUUCAGGUUCUAUGGGAGUAUGCACAGGACAUUCAAUCACAAAUGAACAAUUUAAUCAAAAUGUUUGUAUAAACUGUUAUCCACAGCACAACUCAACUUGUACACAUUCUGAUUUUAAUGCAAAAAAGAUAAAUGAAACUGUACCACUGUUGACAAGUAAUCAUUGUAACUGUGUUACAUCGAUCAAUACAACAUCACCCAUAAAUUGGUUACCCAACAUGAGUGGAUUUAAUAUUGGUAUAUCUGGUGGAGGAUAUUUUGAAGAUAGACAUUCUACAUCAGCAGAAAGUGAUAUUGAUGCUAAUCAUUCGAUAAAAAUAAUAAAUAAUUGUCAUGAAAAUGGAAGAAAUUGGGGAAAUAAUACUGGUUGUAGUAAAUUCGCUUCAAACAAACAGUGGUCUAUUGAAAAUGUGGAGUCCAUGAAUAGCUCAGCUCAGCGUGAAAUGACAGUCUCAUAUCUUGCUUCUGGUAUUCAAAAUCCUAUCAAUUGUCAUACAUCAUAUUGUCAGCAACAGUCAAGAAAUAUGGGUAAUCUAAGCCCAUACAAAACAACACCACCUCCUCAUCCUCCACCAAUUUCUAAUCUGCAAGUGUCAUACUGUAAAAAUGUCAAUAAUUUACAAGGAAAUUUUAUUCGUUCACGUGAAUUUCGAGGUAAUCAACUCAAUAAAAUGAUUGGAGAACAUGGCUUAACAGGAAGUGGUAGUCUUACCGAUGAAGUGACAACAUCAUCACCAGGAAGCAGUGCUACUGGAAGAACACAGGGUUACUUAAAUCAAAUUUCUUCUUCGCCGACAAAUACAAGCUUAAAUUUUAAAAAGUAUAAUCGAGUUAUCGGAAAGUAUGAUGACGAUGAUGAUGAUGACAAUGAUGAUAAAAUGAUGAUGAUGAUGAUGAAUGAUAUAAAUUGUAAUCGUGAUGGAAAUUUCCGAAAUUCAGAGAACAAAUAUGAUGUACACGGAGGACGUCAAAAGUUGACUGUUAAUCGUUCCGUAGACCAACAGAGUAUUUCACCAAUACAACCAAGAAAAUAUCACGGUAAUAAAAGUCAAAUUUCAUCGGAUAACCAAAAUGAAAGAUGUCAAAAUAUUGGGCUAGGAAUAACUUCUCGAAACAAUGCUCUUAGUUCAGACUAUGCAUCACAGCAAAGUAGCCUAAGCAACAAAUCCAGUGGAUCAAGUGUAAAUCAUGGUUUUUCACCUGAGAAACAUGUUAACUACUCGGCUAAAGUUCCAGUCAUAGAUAUAAAUACAAAUAAUCAUAAUGUUGGUGCAUCAUUUGUACUAGAUCGUGUGCCUACACCAGAGCCACAACACAGAACAGGACCAUUUGCCAGAUUAAUGCAAUAUAAUUUACCAGACCAAGCUGUUAACAGACUACAGAUACAGGAUUUAGAUGGUUAUCUAUCGGGCAAAGUGGAAAUCAAAAGCAAAGUAAUUCAUUCACCUUCACUAACGAAAAGAACAACACUAACGUCCACUGCUACUACUGAUGUUACUGCUCCUGAGACUAUAGACCAAAAUGUAUUUUCCCCUGAAUCAGAUGAUAAUUCAGAGUUUACUAAACGUGAUAGAACUCCUGAAACACCAGAUAGUAUUUCUGAACAAGAAAUGAUGAGAGGUUUCAGCACUGAAGAACUUAACCAAGAAAUGGCAAAUUUAGAAGGUUUGAUGAAGAAUUUAUCAGAAAUUACACAAAAUGAAUUUACCUGCUAAGAACUGUGCAUUUAUCUCCUAUUAUUCUCCCCUUUUUUGGACCAGUUGUCUUUGAAUUAUGAUUGCAAAGAGUUGUAAUAGGUUUAUUUUCAUUGCUAUAUUCAGGUUAAAUUGUUUUGUAAACAUGAAAUUAUUUGCAUAAAAACAUUUAGUCUACUAACGAGUAGUGUACAAUCUUAGCUCGAAAUAGUUGCCGUCGAGGACAUCAAUGACUGACGAACUAAAACCCUUAAUACAUUAUGAAUCAGCAAACAUUUUCACUCUAUUCUUCAUUUUUUGUUCUCAGUACAUUUCAAAUCACAAAGAGUGUAUUUGUUUAUGUAAUAUACUAUUUAAAAAGUGUACGUUGAUUAAAAGCCUGAAACUGAACAAAUAUCUAUAGUCAAGUUGCAUUCUUCCCCGUGAAUUCGUUAAAAUAGCUUAGGUACUCAAUUAAAAAAUAAAUAAUACUUAUAACUUUGUCUACUGUUUUUAUGUACUUCUAAAGACUGGUUUUCUUUCAAUAAAUAAAUCUUUUCUCUAAUGAAAAGCUGAAGAUUGAUUUCAGUAUGACAAAUCAAGUUAUAUAUAUGUCCCAAAAAUCUUCCAUUUCCUUCAAGUUAAGCCAGCUUUUUUUAUUAUUCUAGAAAUGAAUUGUCAAAUAUGAAUUGAAAUCACUUAACAUUCAAAUAAAACUAUGUAAUUUGUAAAGUUAUAUUU